AUGUCAACCUACAUGUUCGAACCUUUAUGGGAUUUCACCAUGUCCUCAAAAUUGUUUGAGACAAUACACAACAUUUCUGAAUCGACUGAGUCAACAACUACAAGCUCUACACUAACAACUACUGAGUCGACAACUCAAUCGUCAUCAGCAGCAACAUCUGAACUAUCUACCAAGUCAACAACACAAACAUCCACAGAGUCUACUACUCCAAUUUCUACAGAGUCAACAACACAAACAUCCACAGAGUCUACUACUCCAAUUUCUACAGAGUCGACAACACAACCAUCAACAGAGUCUGCUACUCUAAUUUCUACUGAGUCGACAACACAACUAUCAACAGAGUCUACUACCGGAACUUCUACUCAGUCGACAACACAAUCAUCAUCAGAAUCUACUACCGGAACUUCUAUUCAGUCGACAACACAAUCAUCAACAGAGUCAACUACACCAGUUUCUACUCAGUCGACAACACAACCAUCAACAGAGUCUACUACCGGAACUUCUACUCAGUCGACAACACAAUCAUCACCAGAGACUACUACAGGAACUUCUACUCAGUCGACAACGCAAUUAUCACCGGAGUCUACUACUCCAAUUUCUACUCAGUCCACAACACAACCAUCAACAGAGUCUACUACCGGAACUUCUACUCAGUCGACAACACAAUCAUCACCAGAGACUACUACAGGAACUUCUACUCAGUCGACAACGCAAUUAUCACCGGAGUCUACUACUCCAAUUUCUACUCAGUCGACAACACAACCAUCAACAGAGUCUACUACCGAAACUUCUACUCAGUCGACAACACAACCAUCAACAGAGUCUACUACCGGAACUUCUACUCAGUCGACAACACAACCAUCAACAGAGUCUACUACCGGAACUUCUACUCAGUCGACAACACAAUCAUCACCGGAGUCUACUACCGGAACUUCUACUCAGUCGACAACACAAUCAUCAUCAGAAUCUACUACCGGAACUUCUAUUCAGUCGACAACACAAUCAUCAACAGAAUCUACUACUGGAACUACUGAGUCAACAACUCUGGCCUCUACGCAGUCAAUUACCGGAACUUCUACUGAGUCAACAAGCCAUUCAUCAUCUAUUUCAACUUCUAUACCUUCUAUCCAAACUACAACAAUAUCAUCUACGCAGUUAACAUCAAUACCCUCUACUGAAAUAACAACUCAGUCCUCUACCGUAAUUAUUACUGUACCUUUAACUGCUUCAACAACUCAAUCACCAUCAGCACCAACUUCAGUACCCUCUACUGAAGUAACAACUCAAUCUUCAUCAGUUUCCACUUCUGCACCAUCUACAUUGUCAACAAGUCAAUCCUCUACAACACAGUCAUUACGAACUACAAUAUCAACUCAACCUACAAGUGCAUCAACCACAGUAUUAACGACAGCAUCAACAACAGAUCAAACAUCUGCAUUCAGUACAACAUCUAUACCAUUAACUGACUUAACAACUCAGUCAUCAUCAGUUUUAACAUCCAUAUCUUCUACAGAGUCAACAACUCAAUCCUCUAUCGAGUCAAAUACUACGCCAUCAACUGAAUCGACAACUUUAUCCUCAUCAGUUUUAGUUUCUGAACCCUCUACAGAAUUAACAACCCAAUCUUCUACGGAUUCAACUUCUGAUCCCUCGACAGAGUCAACGACUCAAUCAACGUUAGCAGUAACUUCUUCAUCUUCUACUGAAUCAACAACACAAUCAUCAUCAUCAGUAGAAACUUCUGUAUCUUCUACUGAUUCAACAACUCAAUCAUCAUCAGUUUCUAGUUCAGAACCUUCUACACAAUCAACAACUCAAUCUUCCUCAGUUUCUAGUUCUGAACCUUCUACACAAUCAACAACGCAGUCAUCAUCACUUUCAACUUCUGAAUCUUCUACUGAGUCGACAACCUCUACAACUAUUUCCACGACAUAUUCAACAACUAUCUCGUCAUCUACAUUAUCGACUCAAGCGAUGACACUUGCAACAGCUCCAUCAAAAGUGUGCUCAGAGAGACAAAUAUAUAACGCCAAUGCCUUGCACAUAAAAUGUCAAACCUCCUGUGCUUAUCCUUACGGUCAACCUGAUUGUCCUAAAGGAUUUUAUCCAGGUUGUGUAUGCAGACCAGCACAACCUGUCAGAAACGCAAACAAUGUAUGCAUCAUUCGCGAGAACUGCCCAUCAAGAACUACUACGGCAUCGUCAAAGAUUUGUGGUACAAAUGAAACAUAUGAUGCAAGAGCAGCACAACCUUCAUGCCGACCAACUUGUGAAAAUCCUCAAGGUCUAAGAAUAUGUAGUUCAACCUUAUAUCCUGGUUGUGUUUGUCUUCCAUUGUAUGUCAGAAAUACAAUCACUAAUCAAUGCAUUCUUCGAUUAGAAUGUCCUGGAACAAAUAUCGCUUCAAGACGAAAGCGCCAAACUUCACUUUGUGGAACGAAUCAAUUGUAUGAUGCAAGAGCACCACAUCCAGACUGCAGACCUUCUUGUGAGAACCGACAGGGGCCAACAAUUUGCAAUAAAAUUGGCCUUUAUCCUGGAUGUGUCUGCAAGACACCCUACAUCAGGUAUAGAGUUACCAAUCAAUGCAUCCUUGCAACCGAUUGUCCAGCUGUAUACAUUGUAAUGGACAGUGGUGGUUAUGCUGAUUACUUUAAUAAUUAUUACAAUAACAGAUAUUUUUAUUAGAACAAUAGUACACUAGAAAAUUAUUAUAUUCUAAAACUACUAUCUAUUAACUACGUAAGGAUGAUUUUUUCUAAUUUUGACCUCCUCUCCUCCCCAUGUAAAGAUAUAUAAGAUUUCUCACACUGAACCUCAGCAGCACAGUUACUAGCUACGAACGACGCAUAAAAAUCAAAGUCUUGUUAUAUUAAUUUCCGUGCUGGACCACGAAACUCUUAAAAUUCAUAAAACACUAUUAAAUUUUAUAAGAAAUUACUUACGAUCAUAUCGACGACGAUAUUUCACGAUUUGUCAAGAAUAAUAGUGGUGUCCACAACCGAAUUAAUUUGAGUGCUCACAACUAAACUUUACCAUCAUUUUAAAACGUCAUGAAAAAAAUUUUGCUUGUGAACAUUGUUGUGAUACUUGGUAUUGGAUCACAAAAUGUAACAUAUUUACUGUGUAAAUACGCAUUGAACUUAUCAUUUUAAUUAAUUCACUUCGAUUUGUUGAACAUUUAAUAAUAUUUAAAAAUAGAUUUUUGUUAUCUUCAACGUGUCGAAAAAUUAAUUUAUAUAGUAUAAAGCACAGGUGGCCAAUAACGACUUUUGUAUUCGCAUAAAAAACUAUGUUCGGUCAUAACACACACAUGAUAUUUGUCAGAUUUGAGAAAUCUCAUUUCUGUCAAAAGUUCUGCGGGGGUGUCCAUAACCGAACCUCUUCCUCUAUUGUAAAAAUUAAAAUUUCGCAAAACUGUUCAACUUGUAUUUUUGUUUUAUCGUAUAGAGUAGAAAAAAGUUAAAAUCAUAGAAAAUUCUCACCUAUUCAAAAAUGAUGGCUCACUUCACAAAUUAUGACACAUUGAAUAAGAAAAAAAUUUCACUCAGUCAUUUCUCAGAAAAUUAAAGUGGUUCACUGUAGACACUGGUUCAAUGUAGCCCACUCUCACCUAUUUCUUUCAGUCUAAAUUGCAAAAUUCAAUAUGGCCGAUUUUACAUGGCUGCCGCAUUGUCAAUAAAUGAAAAUUCGCUUAAAACUUAGUAGUCGGUGAGUUUUCUAGGUGGCUCAUUACGAAUCUGGUAUUGGUUUUUCAAAAUUCAAAAUGUCAGCUCAAAUAUGGUGGAAAAUUUUAAAAAAACUUAAUGAAUUCCGAGAUCAAUUCAUUUGAAACUUAUUAAUUUCUGGUGUUAAGUUCUUAAAAUUCGAAAUAGCGGAUCCAAUAUGGCUGCCAACGUUUUUAAAACGUGAAGGAUUUGCUUGAAGCUUGUCACUCGGAGGUUUUUGAGAAUGCUGAUUACGAAUUCUGUUUCAAUUUUUCAAAAUUCAAAAUGGAGAAUCCAAUAUGGCGGCCGAUUUCUUAAAAAAUUUAACGGAUUUGCUUGGAAUUUAUGGUUUAUGGCCAUUAAUGGGUUAAAUAAAAAUUUGGUUUCAAAAAUAAGUAGAAAAUAAAAAAUUAAAGAAGCAAAUUAUGUUUAAUUGAUCAACAUUUUUUUUUAAUGUUUCGAAAUGUUUUCUUUGGCACGACGCCAUUCUUAUAUGAAAAAGUCAAAAACUCUAUAAUCUAUAGGGUGCAUGUGAAACGGGGCUCAUUGAACAAAAUGGCGUUUCACCCUUGAAGGGUGGUGCAAAUAUAUGAGUAUUCCAACCCUCGUUCCAUGUUCCAACCUCUGGGCUAUAGGCUGCCAUGUAAGGAUACGUAAUGUAACAGUAUACAUAGCUGAGAUCUUGAGGGUAACAUAGGUGUAUAGACCAUAGGGGAUCGCAGGCAUUGUCAGUUGUCCAUGUGUCGCUAAUGCGACUCCCAUAGGGGGUCAUUUCUAUUCUAUUUCCCUUUUAUGGGGUGUUCAACUGCCCUUCCCUUAUCGUUUAUGGUAAACGCAUCAUGGACACCCCACAAGGGUGCUGCAGAUUGACGUGAAAUCAAUGAACAAAGUCAAUGGGCUUGCCUGCUACCGAGAAAACUACCUCCAACUCCUCGCAUGGCAAAGCCAUACAUACAUUCAAAUUCAAAUACACUUAUUUCCACUUACAAUUUUCAUUAACCACUUUGACAAUUUACUUUGUCCUCUCAGUUUGUUCUUCGUCAUGAUCUUUUUAAUAUUUUUAUAAUAAUACAUUGUUAACAAAUUAUCAUUAUUAUUCUUAAAAAAUAUUUCUUGAAAUUUUAAAUUCUAGUUUACGUUGCUUAAAAGUAUACAAUUUCUAUGCAUUUAUGGCUGAGAAUUGAAUUUUAUUCACACACAUUUUAAGAUUAAAGAAAAUCAUCAAACUUGUAAAAAUGAAAAAUUCUUGUGUUUUUUAAAAUUAAUACUUUUGGUAUAAAAUAUGAUCCGUUUUAUUCGCAUAAAAGCAUAUAGGUUGAAAUUGAUCAAAGAAUUUUCUUGUUUUGGGCAUUAAUGGGUUAAUAUUUCUUUUCUCUUUAUAAUUAAAUAUAUUCAUGUUACAUAUUUUUAUCCAUGAGCAGAAAAGAGAAGCUAGAGAGAAGCUAGCUUAUAAAAACGAGGAGAUUGCGUUUGUCUUUUUCUUCCCAUUUCCGUUCAAGUAUUUAUUGUGCUUUGAUGGACGUGUCUACACAGAGCUGACAAAGGCAGACAUUAAUACCUUAAACCUUACGUUCUUACUGUUUAACUUAGACAUGUAGUCUCUUUUACAGCUUAUUUGUUGGUAUUUAUACAUUUCAUAUUUGGGCCAAAUGAACAACUAUAUGGAUACUCCAACAAGUAACUAUAUUUAUAAAAAGGGAUUGAUUCUUCGUAAAUUAAUUAGGUAGUUAGUAAAAACUAUAAUUAUAAAAGUAACAUGU